GGAGACCUCCGAAGUGCGCGUCAGUUUUCGAAGUAGGAGCCAUGGCGACAACAGCUCAGUAUAUUCCGAGGAAUAACUCCUUACCGUCUAACCCGCUCAUGCAUCCGGAUUCGGAUAGGAUGCACCAGGGGACGACCUACAGAGAGGUGCAGAAAAUGAUGCACCACGAGUACUUGCAAGGUCUUGCGGCGACCAACACGGGACACCCGAUGAGCCUGACGCACCACCAGUGGCUGCCCACCUCCAACACCGACUGGUCCAGCGGCACCCACAUCGGACAGCAGGAGCACAAAGCCAGCGUGCAGGCGAGCAGGGAGGACCUGAGCAGCGGCUUCCACCACAGAUCUCACCUGGUGCACCAGCAGACGCAGAGCGGUCACCAUGGUUCGUGGGCGCCCACCACAACGCACCACUUGUCCCCGCUGUCCCCAGCAUCCAACGGCCACCAGUCGCUGGUCUACUCCCAGCCUGGAUACACAAACCUCAACGCAAUGCUGAGUCCCCAGCCCGGCUCCCUGCACCAUGGCAUGCGGGACCCACUCCACGACGAUUCGGGCAGCCACGACAACCAGAUGGAGUCGCCCCAGCAGGCUUUCAGCCACCACCAGGACCACUCGGACGAGGACGCGCCCAGCUCCGACGACUUGGAGCAGUUCGCCAAGCAGUUCAAGCAGCGGCGGAUCAAACUGGGCUUUACGCAGGCGGAUGUGGGCUUGGCCUUGGGCACCCUCUAUGGAAACGUCUUUUCUCAGACCACUAUCUGCAGGUUUGAGGCGCUGCAGCUCAGCUUCAAGAACAUGUGCAAACUUAAGCCGCUCCUUAACAAGUGGCUGGAGGAGACAGACUCAAACACGGGCAGUCCCACCAAUUUGGACAAGAUUGCUGCGCAGGGCAGGAAACGAAAGAAGAGGACCUCCAUUGAAGUGGGGGUGAAAGGGGCGCUGGAAAAUCAUUUCUUAAAAUGCCCAAAGCCAUCUGCUCAUGAAAUCAGCACUUUAGCCGGCACUCUGCAGUUGGAAAAAGAGGUUGUCCGUGUUUGGUUUUGCAACAGAAGACAAAAAGAGAAAAGAAUGACACCAGUGGGGGUCCCUCACCCGAAUAUGGAGGACGUAUAUUCCCAAGCAGAGACCCCUCCUCUACACCGCACACUACAGAGUCCUGUGCAGUGACUGUUUUCAUGAACAAUUCGAGCAUUUCCGUGGGGGGAUAGAAAAAGGGAAAAAGGGACUAUGGAGUUUACAGUAUUUAAGUUUGGCUUUUGUUUUCCUGAGAGAAAAGAGACAUGGAAAAGUUGAACAGAUCAGUUUUUGCCUUUAGUGUUCGGAGAUCGUCAUGUCCAACAAAUAGAUGAGGGAAGAGGGGCAAAUGUUAAGGAAAGGAAGAAGAAGAAAAAAAAAUGAAGAAAAAGACAAAAAAAUAUUCGCUUAUUACUGAUUCCGUGCGCAUUUAAAGUGAAACAAAGAUCUUUAUUUACCAAAAUUAUAUGGAGGAGACAUGCAUAUAAAAGUAAAUUUGAUUAUCCCAUGGCUGUUCCAAAUGGGGAGUAAAUUAAAUGUGGCAACUGAGCCCAUCUCCUCCUGGUGUACCAUGAACUGUUGGCGCUCACCAGAAAGAGGUGGUUGCCUGAAAAAUGAACAACACUGGAGACGAAUAGCCUACACUGAAUGAACAUUUUGAUUUCUUUUUUUGCUUUUUCAGGCGUAAACUGAUUAACCAGAUUUCUGAAUAUUAGUGUAUACUUUCUUUGUUAUAUUAUUAAGUGUGAUGUUUUGGUUUUGGAGAAAAAAAAAUACUUUAACUUCAGUGUCUCUCUCUUUCUACAGAGUGUCUAUGAUUUCGUUUCAUUAUUAUUAUUAUUAUUAUUUUUUGCUAUAGGUACUGUAACUCAUCAGAGCAGCCUCUAAUUUGUUUUUUUUUUCCCUGUUUACUCAGUGGGAGAUGAUGGUGGAGAAGUGAUGGAAAUUGUGGCACCCGAAAACACUCAUUUAAAAAAAAAAAAAAGAAGAAAAGAAAAAAAAAACAACAACAACGUCAGACACAUUUCAGAAAAUGUCCAAUGCAACAGGACGUCUAAGUUCUGACUGCAUGCCUUAAAAAAAAAUAAAAAAUAAAAAUUAAAGCUUUGCAGCUGAUCACGUCGAAAUUUGCAAAACAGCACCAGACGCUAAAAGGGCAAUUCUAAACACGGAUUUAUUUUCUUCUUGUUUUUUUCUUUAUUUUUUUGUGGGAUGGGGAGGGAGGGGAGGGAGGGGGUUGAUUGUUUUCAAAUAAUUGUUUUAUUUGCAUGGAGCACUUAUUCUUUUCGUUAAUAUUAUUAUCGCAAUUUUAUGUGUGUUAAUAAAAUUGUGAGUGUAGCUGAUGUGAUUAGGCUGGAACACAGAAGCCUACAGCCCAUGUUUACAGGUUCCUGGUUAUCACCACAGAGCGCUGUCAGCUCACACUGCUUACUGCCUGUUAUCCUGUUGUAUUCCAAACAUUUUCAAGAGAGAUUGGUCAAAUACGAAAUGAAAAGUAAUAAUAACUCAGGUAACUUCAGUGCCCCCCAUGUCGGAAUAUCACGCCAAUACAUGAUUUAUUAUGUUAUUUUAUUUUUUUGUUUCUCUGUGUUUUUAAAAAUGUUCUAAUCUGGUUUCAACACCGUUUCCUUUGUCCCCAGAAAUCCAUUUGUAUUAUAUAUAUAAAAACAAAAACAAAAAAAACGCUGGAAUCGGAGAAAUUCCUUAAGGGGUAAAGCGACGAAGGGAUUUACUUUAGAUAUAUUUAUUUUGUUCCCCCCCUCCUCCCCUCCUCCACACACCCCACCAACCCCCACGACCUGUAAGGAAAUCUGAAAAUCUCAUGCGUUGUUGUGUCAUUUCUCAAUGUUGGACCAGUCCAAAAAGCCUACAGCAGUGCUAUUCAAUACAGAUGAGGGAAACUUUUUUUUUUUCAGGAAAAAAAAAUUAAAAAAUAAUAAUAAUGAGAAAAGAAAAAAAAAAAAAAGAUUUUAGAGAAAAAUGUUGCCAGGAUUAUUUCCGAUAUGUAAAUAUGUCCAAUAUGUAAACUUGUAUUUGUUCUGAGAUAUUGUUUUGUUUUUGUUUCUUUCCGGGCAGUUUUGUACACUUACUAAUUCCAAGAAGAUAUUUUAAUAUGAUUUCAUUUAUGAAUCUGACCAUUUAUAUAUAUAUAUUUAUUUCUUAAAAGUGUUUGGAGCUUUUUUGUUUAGCUCUGUUAAUGGUUAUGUUGCAGUGGAUUUCAGUAUGUUUUUUCUCCUUUUUGUUUACUACAUUGGUUGUAUGUUGAUUGCUAAAUGUAGACUGCAAAGUCACAUUUAUAUUUAUGUUAUAGUAAUAUUUUAUUACUUACAUAAAACAUAUAUACAAGAAA